AUGGCGCUCGCUUCCUCAGUCAAAGGUAAGAGUCGUCUACGAUAACAUUGCCUAGCUAAUUAUUAUUUUUAUCAAGACAGUUUGCAAAGCAGUUUACGGCCAUGUCAAUUAUUUCAUUAUGUAAAGCCUGAAAUGUCUCACGUUUACUUGGGCUUCCUCACUGUCCAGGUAGCUUGUUAUGCUAAUGACACUUAGCUAACUAGCUAGCUAGCUAACGUUAGCUAGCAACAUUACCUACCCCUUUCAUCUUUACUUGCAGUCGCCCAAAACAGUAACGUUACUUAGCUAGCUAUACAUCCAGUUAUCUAAAGGGGAAUUUCACUGCAGUAUUUAUUUAAUGUGUUGUUGGCGAAAUGAUUUAGCUAACGUUAACAACUAGCUAACAAUACCGUGCUAGUAACGUUAGCGUGUUAGUCUUAUCAGGCUGUAAAUAAUACACAAUUAAUUGGUAUAUACAGCCUGAAACUGAUGCUUGCAAAAUCGUGUACAUUUUUCUUACAAGCCAGAAUGUUGAAUAAAAUUACAUUUAAACUUACACUACCGGUUGUCUGUGCGGUUUGUCCUUCAGGUACUCGAAAUUUGAGACAAAAUAGUAUUGUUUACCUGACUUUUUAGAGAGCCGGUAAGUUAGGUAUAUGGUUCGGCACCGAUAUAACGUUAAAGUGAGUUUUAAAUUGGAUAUUCAGUUUUCUCUCGUCAAUAGCAAUUGAACCAAGCAUGCCAUGACAUUGGAUGAGUAUAUUUUGUAUGGCCCUGUGUCAUGGGUGGGCGGAUUUUGAUCAUUUUAGACCAUUCCACUGGUCGUUAAAGGAAAGGUUCACCCAUUUUAAAUGUAUAUUGUUUUUGUGCAUCUCUGAGUGAUGUUCUAUCGAUUCCCUGUGUAAUUUCAUGUUUGCAUGUGUAUCUGAGUUAUUGGUGUUAAAGCAGUCAGAAAUCCGUCCGGUAUGGCGUAGCACUAUGAUAAAGUUGCUCUCACUACACUAGAAGUUAAUAGGAAUACGACUUGUAGAUUGUGAAAACGUCUAUCAUGCAUGUCAGAUUUCAAUACUGGCCGAUCUUCUCGAAUGAGCCAUUGAUCAUAUUUUUGCGAUAUUCCUACCUUGGGAAAUGUUUUAUUAAUGGAGGGUCUAUAAGAUUUUUCCUAUUUGUCUGCCUCUUUAGUCCAGGGUGCAUUGCAUGGUGCCGUUGCCAGAGAUAUUAUAGAAAUGAGGGAAUGAAGGAACGUAUAAUGCCCCACCAGCAGACUGUCAACCAAUCGUGUUCACGUUGUCGUGCUGCGUCACGAGGUUGCUAAACUAACUGUCACACAAUCCCUUCUCAAAGUCAGUGUAUAUGUCGAGAAACGUGCCUAUUUUCCUCUGAAGUACGUAAUGUCACGAUUCCUAAGUUAAUUAUCUCGGAAAAGAUUUGUAAUGUUGUACUUCUUGUCGACAAAAUGUGGGUUAAUGUUGGGUUUUUGAGCUAGCGCCCAGUAGACUCCCAUUCACUCCUUGAUGGAGAGCGCUCCUUGUCCCAGAAUCCCCCAGAAUGUACAGCGCGGCCCAUUGACGUAGCGUGGUAUAUCUGCCGUUGCGAAUGAUAGACUCCACUCUGUGAAGCACAUCGAGCUGCAGGUUGAACAUGGUGAGAUUGUAGACACCUAAAUUGAUAAUGCAGUUUUUUUUAGGCGAUUUUACAGCUAACUAGCUACUCUAAAUGCUGAUAUUGUCUUUGGUAUUAUUGUAUGUAGCUACAUUUGCUAGCUACCUAGCUAGCUUGCCAGCCAGCCCAUAGAGAGCAUUGGAUUGUGGAUUUUGUAGUCGACUUGAGCUGCAGCAGAUUUCGACAGAUUUUCCAUGUUGCUACCAACCUUAUUAUAAUGCCAAAAUGAAACAUUUGUUCACAAAAAAAUAUUAUUCUCACAUAUUAGUGUUAUUUAACACUGUAAAUUAAAGGAAUGAGGGGUUUUGGGUGGAUUGCUUUAAGUGAAAUCUUCACCCACCUGAGGCACCCGGCCAUGCAAAACGAACUCUGCCUUUGAAAAUUGUAAUUUCUGAAUCAGGGGAGGAUGAAGAACAAUCGUCACGUUUUUUUGAGAGUUUUUCAUUAACAUUUUUUUAUUUGGAUUUCAGUUAACAACAAAAAAAGGGUGAUUGUUCUCCAUCCUCCCCAGUAUGGAGGACUAAAAGUGCCACAAUUAAAUAAAUAAAUACACCAUUAAAUAAUUACUUAAAUGUGUCAUUAAUUAAUUCAAAUUAGAAUUAAAUACAUAAAUGUGUUAUUAAAUGUGUCAUUAAUUAAUUCAAAUACCGAUUCAUUUUAUGUAAAAUACAUAUAUAAUAAUUUCACUAUUUACAUUUACAUUUCAUGGUCCUGCGUUGGAGUGCUUCCUGAAUUACUUAAAACUGUCAAACUGACCCAUCAAAAGUUGGUAGGCGGAACCUAACGCCUGAUUGGUUACCCUCUGCAUCAAGCCAAGACAAAUCAAUUCCAGAUAAUGUCAGCAGGUCCUGCUUCUACAUCCUCUGCUAAGUUUAAAAUGUCUCUAACCAACUCCCUGGAAAGUUCACGGAGAUCCUCCAUUGUCUCUAUCCAGGUUGGCCUACUCUACUUCAGACCAAAGCAAUGGAUCAGACUAGAUUCGCGUUAGCCCCGCCCACUGACUUUGAUGGGUCAGUUUGACAGUUUUAAGUAAUUCAUGAAUCACUGCAAUGCAGGAUCAUGAAAUGUAAAUGUAAAUAGUGAAAUAAUUAUAUAUGUAUUUUACAUAAAAUGAAUCGGUAUUUGAAUUAAUUAAUGAUACAUUUAAUUACACAUUUAUGUAUUUAAUUCUAAUUUGAAUUAAUUAAUGACACAUUUAAGUAAUUAUUUAAUGGUGUAUUUAUUUAUUUAAUUGUGGCACUUUUAGUCCUCCAUACCCCAGGUUCAGAAUAUAUUAUUUUGUUUUCAUGGCAUGCUUGGUUCAAUAGCUACUUACGAGAGAAAAAUGUAUAUCCCAUAAAAAAUUAAUUUUAACUUGGUACCAACCUAAUGGCCAGGCAUCACAUUAGCUUUCAGAAAUCUGCAUUUUCAAAACUCAGACGAUCAAAAAAUCUGCAUUUAAACCAUUUCACCAGCACUUUAUAUUGAAAGUCAACAGUGUUUUUCUUGCUUCAAUAGAGUGAUCAGAGGCGUGCAACUAUAGUUUUCCUUCAUACAAAAUACAUUAGUUCAACACAUUCGGCAGAAAAUAGCAUCAUUUUCAUCAGAUGACAACAGAAGUACAACACUAUUUUGGCAAGCAGCCACACAAGUAAAUGAGCUUACAAUGAAAAAGCAAAGGUAUUUUUUGCAGAAGCUAUGCAUGGCCAUCAUAUUUCUUAUGUUUAUCAUAGAAAGAAUGUAGCCAGCUACAUUUUUGAAUGUUUUGCUUGAAGUUAAUCUUUUACCAGAAAAUAGUACAGGAGAAAAGUAGCUACACAUCAGAGUGCUGUCUGCUGAUAGAAUGCAUGUUCAUGAAUGUGGGAAAUGUGAUUGGUCUGAUGAAGCGAGCAAAUAUUUCUCAUCCGAGUGAAGUGCAACUGCAGCACAAAAUUAGUCUGAAGCUGAGCAGAAAUGACAAUAAGAAUCAUUUCAGAUCUGCGUUAACAAAAUUCAGCUUAUGCUUUAUAAUUUUUUCCUGCGUGAAAAACUCAGAAUUCUGCGUUAAUGAGACCCCUGCUGGCUCUCUAAAAAGUUGGGUAAACAAUAGCUUCCGGUGGAUAUUUUGUCUCAAAUCUUGAGCAGCUGAAGGACAAACUGCACAGACAAUCGGUAGAGUAAGUUUAAAUGUAAUUGUAUUCAACAUUCUGGCUUGUAAGAAACAUUUACACAAUUUUGCAGGCAUUAGUUUCAAGCUGUAUACCAAUUAAUUGUGUAUACAGCCUGAUUAAUCAAACUACACUAAAUAGAAAUGCAACAUGCAACAAUUUAAAAGAUUUUACUGAGUUACAGUUCAUAUAAGGAAAUCAGUCGAUUGAAAUGAAUUCAUUAGACCCUAAUCUAUGGAUUUCACAUGACUGUGAAUACAGAUAUGCAUCUGUUGGUCACAGAUACCUUUAAAAAAAGGUAGGGGCGUGGAUCAGAAAACCAGUCAGUAUCUGGUGUGACCACCAUUUGCCUCAUGCAGCGCAACACAUCUCCUUCAGAGUUGAUCAGGCUGUUGAUUGUGGCCUGUGGAAUGUUGUCCCACUCCUCAUCAAUGGCUGUGCGAAGUUGCUAGAUAUUGGAGGGAACUGGAACAUGCUGUCGUACACGUCGAUCUAGAGCAUCCCAAACAUGCUCAAUGGGUGACAUGUCUGGUGAGUAUGCAGUCCAUGGAAGAACUGGGACAUUUUCAGUUUCCAGGAAUUGUGUACAGAUCCUUGCGACAUGGGGCCGUGCAUUAUCAUGCUGAAACAUGAGGUGAUGGCAGCAGAUGAAUGGCACUACAAUGGGCCUCAGGAUCUCGUCGCGGUAUCUCUGUGCAUUCAAAUUGCCAUCGAUUAAAAUGUUCAUUGUCCGUAGCAUAUGCCUACCCAUACCAUAACCCCACUGCCACCAUGGGGCACUCGGUCUGCGGUUGUCAGGCCAGUUGGACUUAUGGUAGAGAAAUGAACAUUCAAUUCUCUGGCAACAGCUCUGGUGGACAUUCCUGCAGUUAGCAUGCCAAUUGCACGCUCCCUCAAAACUUGAGACAUCUGUGGCAUUGUGUUGAGACAAAACUGCACAUUUUAGAGUGGCCUUUUAUUGUCCCUAGCACAAGAUGCACCUGUGUAAUGAUCAUGCGGUUUAAUCAGCUUCUUGACAUGCCACACCUGUCAGGUGCACUUUUAUUGACAGUAGCCUAUGUGUAGGCCUAUAUUAUUGGCUGUUUGGUUUGCAAGAAGGGAUUUUUUUGAUGACAUCCUAUCCAAAUACAGGCCCAUCUCCAACCUCCCCUCCCUAUCAAAAGUACUGGAGAAAGUGGUUGCAAACCAGCUUCAAUCGUAUCUGUCGUCUAAUCAGUUGUACAAGGUUUUCCAGUCUGGCUUCCAGCCCUUGCAGCAAGUGUCCGGUCUGGAGCAUGAAGUCACAAGCCCUGCUGGUCGGCUACUGCGUAGCAACCUAGUGGUGCAAAAAGCCCUGGUCUGCCCUAGAAAGCCUAUAUAAAUUACAAUUGCCCGAACGGCCAAGCAACAACAAAGACAACAUUUUGGGCUCUAAAAUUAUUUUAUUAUGAUAAAGUUUGAUCACCACGGUAAAUUAUUAUUAAGUUCACUACAAAUCGAGAUAUUUGAUUAAAUAGUGAUCCAUUCUGAUGAAUACAUUUGUCGUCACAAAGGACCACGUGCUGACAGACCAAUCACGGGCCGGCAGGCUACGAGGAGGCUCCAUAGUUGACUCUCUCAGGCAGGAUGAAAACGGCUACAUUUAGCAUGAUCCUUUGCUAGUUACGGCCACUUUCACCUGAUUCUUAGUGAUUAUUUUUUUUUUGGUGCCAUUCAGAUCCAUUCAGCAAUAUGGUGCGCUUCAAAUUAAAAUGCUUCAUGCGGCAUCUGGAGUUUUCCAUAGGAAUACAUGGAUGAUGUCAGCGCUAUCUACUGGUUGUAAUGUAUAAGCUUGCACAGCACUGAAACAACUGGUUAAAGUUACCAACAACCUACUGAUGGCUGCUGAUUCAGGAUCUCCUGCGGCGUCUCAGAGAGAACACUGCUGUAUCUGGAACUGCUCUGAUCUGGUUCUCCUCCUACCUCUCCAAUAGGCAGCAAUAUAUCACUAUGCAGAGUCCAGAUCAGAGGAGUCUGCAGUCACAUGCGGCAUCCCACAUGGGUCAGUGCUAGGGCCUAUCCUGUUUUUAAUUUACAUGCUCCCUCUCUGCCAAAUCCUCAGAGAUUAUAACAUCAAUUUCCACUGCUACUCUGACGAUACCCAGGUUUACAUUAACAACAAACCGGACACCAUCUCUGCCCUAGCAAAAACUCAGCAGCUGACUAAAUAACUUCAGGGUAUGAAUGAAAGAGCUAAUAGUAGGAAGGCUGAGGCUAUGCUUAUUGGGACACCCAAGCAGGUCACCAGUGCUAGAAACAUCUGCCCUACCAUCAACGGCCAGGUCAUCCACCUGUCCUAUGUCAUCUCCAACCUAGGAGUCAAGUUUGCUCCUUCUCUAUCCUUCGAUGCUCACAUUAAACAAAUAUGUAAAACAUAAUCUAAUCCAGAACAGUGCUGCCAGGGUCCUGACCAGGACCAAUAAGUCAGACCACAUCACCCCGACCCUAGCCCAACUCAACUGGCUGCUGAUCACUACAGGAUCAACUUAAAAAUCCUCAUGCUUGUAUUUAAAGCCUUGAAUGGAUUGAGCCCCACCUACAUCAGUGACCUCAUCUCAAUCAGCGAGCCACCUCGCACUCUCCCUACUGUUUCAAGUCCCCAGGACACGUUUCCAAACCAUGUAGGACCAAGCCGUCUGUGCCCCUUGCCUAUGGAAUGCUCUCCCUGACCAUCUGAGUGCCGCUCCAUUACGCUGAACUUUUAAAACGGGCCUUAAAACCCAUUUCUACAGUCUGUAUUUUUCAUAGUCCUAGUCCCAUCUAAAAUGUAUUUCGCACCUAGACCACUAUUGCUAUUUUACCUGCCUUGAUUUUUUGUCAACGAUCUACACAGAAUAAUCUAAUGUGAAAGUGGAAGAAAAAUGUGAAUAUGUAAAAAAAAGUAUAUAUAUAAAACACUACUAUCUUCAUUAGAUAAGCAUUCAACCCCCUUAGUCAAUACAUGUUAGAAUCACCUUUUUGCAGUGAUUUUAGAUCUGAGUCUUUCUGCGUAAGUCUCUAAGAGCUUUGCACACCUGGAUUGUACAAUAUUUGCACAUUAUUAUUUUAAAAAUUCUUCAAGCUCUGUCAAGUUGGUUGUUGAUCAUUGCUAGACAGCCAUUUUCAAGUCUUGCCAUAGAUUUUCAAGCCAAUUUAAGUCAAAACUGUAACUAGGCCAUUCAGGAACAUUCAAUGUCGUCUUGGUAAGCAACUCCAGUGUAUAUUUGGAGUUGUGUUUUAAGUUAUUGUCCUGCUGAAAGGUGAAUUUGUCUCCCAGUGUCUGUUGGAAUGCAGACUGAACCAGGUUUUCCUCUAGGAUUUUGCCUGUGCUUAGCUCUAUUCCAUUUCUUUUUAUCCUAAAAACUCCCUAGUCCUUGUGGUUGACAAGCAUACCCAUAACAUGAUGCAGCCACCACCAUGCUUGAAAAUAUGAAGAGUGGUACUCAGUGAUGUGUUGCAUUUGCCCCAAACAUAACGCUUUGUAUUCAGGACAUAAGGUACAUAUCUUGCCACAAUUUCUGCAGUUUGACUUUAGUGCCUUAUUGCAAAGAGGAUGCAUGUUUUGGAAUAUUUGUAUUCUGUACAAGCUUCCUUAUUUUCACUCUCACAAUUAGGUUAGUAUUACAGUCAUUAAACUCUGUUUUAAAGUCACCAUUGGCCUCAUGGUAAAAUCCCUGUGUGGUUUCCUUCCUCUCUGGCAACUGAGUUAGGAAGGACCCCUGAAUCUUUGACUGGGUGUAUUGAUACACCAUCCAAAGUGUAAUUAAUAACUUCACCAUGCUCAAAGGGAUAUUCAGUGUCUGCUUUUUUAAAUCUUUAGCCAUCAACCAUUGGGUGCCCUUCAUUGCAAGGCAUUGGAAAAUCUCCCUUUGUGGUUGAAUCUGUGUUUGAAAUUCACUGCUCGACUGAGGGACCUUAAAAUUAUCUGUAUGUGUCGGGUACAGAGAUGUGGUAGUCAUUCAAAAAUCAUGUUAAACACUAUUAUUGCACACACAGUGAGUCCAUGCAACUUAUUAUGUGACUUGUUAAGCACAUUUUUACUCCUUAACUUGUUUAGGCUUGCCAUAAUAAAGGGGUUGAAUACUUAUUGACUUAAAACAUUUCAGGUUUUCAUUUUUAAUUCAUUUGUUUUAAUAACUUGAAAACCUAAUUCCACUUUGACAUUAUAGGGUAUUGUGUGUAGGCCAUUGACAAAAAAUCUAGAUGUAAUCCAUUUUUAAUUCAGGCUGUAACACAACAAUAUGUGGAAAAAGUAAAGGGGUUUGAAUUUAACUGAAGGCACUGUAAUAAUCAAGACAUUCUCAGAGCUUUGAGAACUCUGUAAUGAAAAGCGCUAUACAAAUUAAAUGUAUUGUUAUACAUCUAGUAUUUUGUAUGAUUAGCUACCUCCACACAAGCAACAGUGUUUCUACUGUUGGCCCAUACAGGCUAAUCUUUCAAAAACAUUUGACAUGAGGCUUGUGAUGAUAAGCAAGACGUGACCUCCCUUUACUAAAUAGGAGCAUAUUUGAGUUACCUUCCUGUCCCUCAUCCCUCUUUUUGCUCAUGAUCUUAUGUGGUUUUGUUUCCUGGUGACAGUAAGCAUGUUGGGUUUACAGUAUGCAUGCAAGUUUGAACUGUUAUGAAAUUAAAAUGGUAGUUAUGUCAGGCUUGUCAUGCCAAGAAGGAAGAAAUAUGAGUUGCCUUACACAGAUGCACAAUGGACAGUUAUGUGACAACAAGAUGCUUGCAUUUUUCUUAUACUAAUAUGGUGAAAUGAUGACCGUUGUUUUUAAAUAGUAGCCACCUAGUCUCGGAAAUCCCAGACCUUGGUGCAGAGCAUUCCUACAUUUUGGGAGGCAACCCGUCUAGAGAAACAGGUGCCUACGAGUCCAUCUCGAUCUCCAAAUUCCAACUCGUUCCCAUAACUCGUUCCUAGCUCUAGUAGGCUAGGGAAGUCACAAACAUUGGGACCACUUUGUGCUGUCCCCUACAGAGGCCUGCCUGACUACUUGUGAUUUAGCUUUUAUUCCAGCCUUGGUUCAAAAAGCCAGCAACCAAGUGGAACAAAACACAUAGGUCUACAUGACAUUCCCCCAGCUUUUUUUUGACAGGCAAAAUGAAGGGAAAGCUACAUUGUGCUGAUUUAAAGUGAGUCGACCACGGAGAAGGGUGAACGCUGCAUGCCAAGAGGCAGAACUCUUCAAAUGGCCCUCAAAGUUUCCAUAGGAUGUAGAGUAGAAUAGACAACCAUCCCAACUGCUAAUACACACACACACACUUAGCAUCUUGUAUUUGCAUGUGUUUCACUUGUACAAGCAGGUGCUAUUUAAUCACACUCUUUGUGUGAGGGUGGAAGAAGUAGUGGCCUAGUUGAACUCAUGAGGUGUGUAAAUAAUGAAUGUACGUGCUCUCCUCUAGGAUGGGCAGUCUCUAGUGUCAGAUUGAUGUGUGUUUCUGUUUCCCCAUACAGAGGAGCAUCCUUUUAACCACCUGAUUGACACGCUGAAAGAUGGCGACCGGAAGUAUUUCAAUCCACAGAAGCUGAACGAUGCAAGAUACAGUGAGUGCGGGUUUGUCAGCUCCUGUGUACAACAACAAUAGGCUAAUGUUUGCACUUAUGCGUCAAAAGAUCAAACCAGAGUCAAAUGAUUUCCCAAAACGUAGCUUUUGUCAUUAUAGGGCCCUGAGUUGAACUGUUCAGGUAGCAUGGUCAAAACCAAUAGGAUGCAAAUAAAUGCCAUUUAACAAAAAAAAAAAACGAGGGUGUUUUCUGAGGGUGUUUACAACGGUCUCUCAUUCCUUUCCUUUCCAUAGACAAGCUGCCUCUCUCCAUCCGUGUCCUCUUGGAGGCGGCCAUACGCAAAUGCGACGGCUUCUACGUGAAAGAAGAGGACGUCCACAACAUCCUAGACUGGAGCGAGCAGCAGAAUGUGGCGGAGGUGCCCUUCCCUCCUGCCCGGGUCCUGCUGCAGGACUUCACGUGAGUGUCUUUCUCUCCCUCUCCAACCUGUGAUUAUCCAGGUUCAUCUCUUUUGAUAGACAAUCUUUUUUUGCAAGAGAAACCUGGUCUAAGAUACCAGCAGUGUCCCUGUGUCACAGCAUACUCCCUGUCUACCCCUCCAAAGACAUGUAGAGUUGUAGCCAUCCCCAGACCUUUUUGUUGGCUUCCUUUUUGUAGCGCCAGUAGGUGAGGUAAAUGGAGUCUCUGUAAUAUUUUGGAGGUCAGGGCUCACCACCGGUAUCCUCACAGUGUAUUCUUCUCACCUCAUUUUGGGCAGUUGAUCAAGUGCACACACAGUGUUGCUUGUUGUCAUAGGAAUGGAAAACAGUAUUUCUCUGAACUCCAGAGAAGGGACCUUGCUCAAGGGUACAGCAACAUUGCAGCACUAUCUGGUUACAUGAUCGAAUCAAGAUCUUGAGCACAUUUAGUUAAACUAGCCAAUUGCAAAGACAGUUUCACUCAUUUCUAUGGUUCCACCACCUCAAAAUCCCAAUAGGCCUACAUGUAUUAAAUCCUAGUGGGAUCACCAAUACUGUAUUGCAGUGCUAUCGGUCACCAGUGUUGGUUUCCCUGUGUAUUAUUGUUUUGUGGAGUAGUAUGGUGGAUCUGAUGGUUGUUCCUUCCACACAGGGGCAUCCCUGCCAUGGUGGACCUGGCUGCCAUGAGGGAUGCAGUGAUCAAACACGGAGUGGACCCCUGCCUGGUCAACCCUGUGUGCCCAACGGACCUCAUCGUUGACCACUCGCUACAGAUCGACCUCAACAAAUGGUGGGCUUAAAGGGACAGUUUCGCCCAAAGUUACAUAUUUUAUCUUACGAUAGCUGGGAAACCCUCCUGAGUUGGAUAUCUUGUUACUGUGCUAUUUCUGAAAUUAACCUUUGCAGUUUCUUAAUUAUCCUCAGAAAUGAUCCUGCUCUUUCUGAAAUGAUCCACCCUUUCUCUGCAGUGCCAUACAGAACUCCCCCAACCCUGGUGGAGGAGAUGGCCAGAGCCAGGGACCUCUGUCUCGUCCCUCCCCCACCAGACCCACACCCAGAAGGGGGUCCCAGUGCGGAAGCGAGAGAGGGAGCUGCAGCAAAGGGGGCUGCAGUGACACCCCGGGAAGACCCGCCACUGCUGUCCAGCAGAUUGAGAACACCCCUCUCCUAUGCCCCUUCCACCUACAACCCGUCUCUGAGUAAGAAUCUAUACAUAUUCAUGAAUUGCACUUUGCGUCACGCCAUUGUUGUGAAUAUUCUCUUGAAGACUGGGGUGUAUUCAUUACGCCAAUUCUGUUGCAAAACGUUUAGUCUGUUGCAAAAACGUGAAACCGUUUACUCCAAACGCUGUUGAAUUCCAGUUUGUUGUUAAAAGGAAGUUGUAGUUCAGUUGUCUCUCUAAAAAUAUAUAUAUAAAAGCGUCUGGAAGAAGUUGGAAGGAACCCAGCGGACUUCACUCCACUUUAGAGCAUGUAAGAAUCAAUCAUUUAUAGAUGCUUGUGCCAAACACUUCAGACUAUUCCGUUUGGAAUGGCAACGUGUGGAACCAUACAAUUAAAAUUAACUACAACUUCCAUUUAAGAACCCAACAGCUUUUAGGUCACAUUGAAGUGUUUGGAGUAAACAGUUUCUGUUGCAAAACGUUUUGCAACAGAAUCAGCGUAAAGAAUACAUCCCUGGUGACUGUUGUACUUAAUGCUUUCUCAAUUGGCGCAGAUGAAGAUUUCAGCAAAAGUGCAUUAUAGUGGCUUGGAGAUACGAUGAUAUGUAUAAAGGAGACAUAAUUGGUAGGAAAACCUUUUGUCAUUGUGAUGUCAGAUUGACUUUAGAUUACAUUAGCUAGCUAAGAUUGAGUGGAGAGGACCGGAUUGGAGCUAGCUAAUGUUAGCAUUGCUAGGUAUUUUUGACAAACUUUGCUAGCUAAUGGCAAUAUGACCAUCUGUCUAAAGUAAAUUUGUCAACAACACAAUGAUGACAAUGUUGUUUCCUACUAAUUAUUUGUCAUUGUUUUGUUGAAUAUUUGUUAUUUUUAAAUACCUGCAGGCAACUUGUGCACUAGGUUAAUAGAUAAAGCAGAUUGCGUUCUUCAUUUCGCCUGUUGCAUUAUUUUUUCAUUACGAAGCCGUUCCCACAAAGCAGUUGAUUGAGUCACAUGGCAUGUUUGUUUGCAAAGAGCAAACGGAAGCUUUCGCGACGUGACGAUCCACUGUUGUGCAGCUCAAGAGAGGUGAUCAAGUUACACUUAGAAUUCACUACUAAUGUUUUCCAGCUAAAUAUAUUGUAAGAAAAGUUUAACUAUCUAAGAUGUGCCAAAUAAAUUAUCUCCAGCUCAGGGCUCCAGCUAUGCUAUGCUAUGUAAGUGGCUAGCUUGCAAGAUCAAGCUUCUUGAUAACUAAUAUGCAGAAACAGUUUGUGAUAUAUUGAAAACAUAAACAUAAAAUGUACUAUCUACACAAACAUGUCCAACAAUAAUAAUCAUAUUACUUGUAUUUUUUUAAAUGAUCACUUUAUAAACUGCACACGCACCAAAAACCCUGUUGAAACUACCACAACUUUAAAAAACACAUGCGGGAGACCAAAGCACAUUCUGGAGAGAGCCUACAUAAAACACAAGGCAAGCAAUUUACACAAUGAAACGAUGAACGGGAGACGGAGAAGACAUCCCCAAUUCCAUUGUUCUUGUGUCGCCAUUUUAAAUUAGGGAUGUCAUUUAUGAAAAUACUAAGCUGUAGUGUGGACCACAACUCAAUUAUUUUAGCCAGGCCUACAACAGGAAAUGCAUGUGAAAUGUUAACGUAUACUGCCUGCCAGACAAGUCAAAACAAUUCUGCUGGCUUGCGCAGCAAUUAAGCUAUAUUUCUUAAUCCAAUUCUGUUCGGAUCUCAAUUUCGGAAUCCGAGAAGACCUCUAAUUCGGGAAUGUAGGUCCUGACUCCUGAGUAUUGGGGUGAUAUAUACUGUAGCAAAGCCUACCCUCUAUAGGAGAGAGGAAAUGUGUUCAUUGUCCUUCUGGUUGUUUUCUGCAGACCUGAAACAACUCUGAAAAACCAGGAGUUGGAGCUGAUCCGAAACAAAGAACGGCUACAGUUCUUUAAGGUAACUUUCUCUCUCUCUCUAGUUAAAGUAAAUUCAAUGUGAACAAGAUACAUAGUUACAGAGAGUCUGCAGCAGCUAUUUCCAACUGAAACCAGCACCUAUAAUCACACAUUGUAACAAGGCUGCAACUUAUUUAGGCCUGUGUAGCGCACCAGUCCAACUUUUUUCCUACGUGUUUCUCUUUUUCCCCUGAAGUGGUGCUCCAAAGCGUUUAAGAACGUGAACGUGGUGCCCCCGGACGUGGGCGCAGUCCACCAGGUUAACCUGGAGUACCUGUCUCGGGUGGUGCAGGAGAGCCAGGGCUUCAUCUACCCAGACAGCGUGGUGGGCACAGACUCUCACACCACCAUGAUCAACGGCCUGGGCAUCCUCGGCUGGGGUAAAGAACAACAACUUAAAGUUCUAUCAAUGUCCACACAGCAGCUAAUACUGGCUGAAAUCAUUGCCAUUUUGUAAAGUUAUGAAUAUAACUAUGGUACCCUGAAGGAGGGACAUUUCACGGAUGCACAACCUCACAAUAGCUGUGUGUUGUACCGAGUGUACGGACUGAAAUACCCAUUAACCUCAAAUACUAGAUUAGCAUCAAACAGAAAAACAUCAAAGAAAGGACUAAGAAUUAUGCUAAAAUCACAUGAAUCAUGGUUAAUAUCCAAGUUACAAUGCUUUGGUGAUGAAAGCGCAUAAGAAGGAGAUUGACGUGUGAAUUAGCCAAUAGCUCCAUAACUUUAACACGUUUUCCUGUCUCUUCCCCGCUCGAUGUCUGUCAGGUGUGGGAGGGAUCGAGUCGGAGGCAGUGAUGCUGGGCCAGCCCAUCUCUCUGACCCUCCCCCAGGUGGUUGGCUGCAGGCUGGUAGGCUCCGUCAACACCCUGGCCACUUCCAUCGAUAUUGUUCUGGGGAUCACCAAGGUAGGCUACAGCUAAGAAAUUAAAUGUACUGGCACACAUUUGGGGGUAGCUCAGAAAUGUUGAAAACAUAUUCAAAGGAAAGAAGCUCCUGUACACUGCACUUGCAAAGUAUAACUUUUUAUUGAUUGCUAGCAUUUCAGUAACACAGUUAUAUAACGUUGAACCACCUUUAGGCCUAUCUGUCUUUUUAAUUUCCUUUGUAUUAUCUAUAUUGUCAUUGACCACUCCUGAGUGGCGCAGUGGUCUAAGGCACUGCAUCGCAGUGCUAACUGUGCCACUAGAGAUCCUGGUUCGAAUCCAGGCUCUGUCGCAGCCGGCCGCGACCGGGAGACUCAUGGGCGGCGCACAAUUGGCCCAGCGUCGUCCAGGGUAGGGGAGGGAAUGGCCGGCAGGGAUGUAGCUCAGUUGAUAGAGCAUGGCGUUUGCAACGCCAGGGUUGUGGGUUCGAUUCCCACGGGGGGCCAGUAUAAAAAAAAAAAAUGUAUUCACUAACUGUAAGUCGCUCUGGAUAAGAGCGUCUGCUAAAUGACUAAAAUGUAAAAUGUAUAUGUAUUGUAAAGUACAUGAUGGAGAUGUUUUAAAUGCACUGUCAAGCCUGAUUCGAUGUGUUCUCCAUCUCAGCACCUUCGUCAGGCGGGCAUAGCUGGGAAGUUUGUGGAGUUCUUUGGUCCCGGCGUGUCCCAGCUGUCUGUCCCAGACAGGACCACCAUCGCCAACAUGUGUCCCGAGUACAAUGCCACCGUCAGCUUCUUCCCUGUCGACCAUGUCACACUCAAGCACUUUAAGCAAACAAGUAAGACAGGAAGCUGUCACUAGCCUGUUUCAGGUCUGUUGUGCUGUCUUGCCAACCUAUCUGGUCAUUGGCGUAACAAUGACCAUAAGAAUUGGCAAGAACGCACAAGCAGAGCUGGGACCAGGCUAGACUGUCACUUCUGAGGCUGGGAUGUGUGUUAGGUUUAAUUUUUAGAUUUAUGUGCAUGCUAUUUGGAACAUGCUAACAGAAGCUGUACUAAUUGUUUUUCACUCAGCAAUGUUAAUGCUAAAUUAAACAAACCCAAAUUCGGUCUACAGACUACUUUCUUGGUUUCCAUAAGGUGGGGUAAAUUUGUCAUUUGGCUGAACUAUCCCUUGAUGUUUAUACUGUUGCAUCUGUGGCAUGUAAUGUUAAAACUUGAUGUUUUCGUUUGCUCUCAGACUUUACUGAGGAGAAACUUCAAUUAUUGGAGGCUUAUCUGAAGGCUGUGAAACUCUUCAGGAGCUAUGAGGACUCAUCAGAAGACCCACAAUAUUCUGAGGUAUUCUUUUAGUCUUUUCAGAUAUUAGUGGCCAACAAGCAGAGGAAGCUAUGGAGGAAUAUUGGUCCAUAUUACAAAGUGCAUCGUUAUCCUGUUUCACAAUCAAAGAUGUACAGUUAUGUUGUCCCUGUUUUCGCUAAAGGUGAUUGAGAUCAACCUGAGUUCCAUGGUGCCCCAUGUGAGUGGGCCCAAAAGGCCCCAGGACAGGGUGGCCGUCAGCAGCAUGAAGGAGGACUUCCAGAGCUGUCUCAACGAGAAGGUAACAUAUCAGUCAGACACCUCAGGUCAAGGAAGUCGAGACAACUCCAAUACUUGAGAUCAUCAGACAAUUAGCCUAUUCAUAUUUUAGUUUGCAUAGCACCAGAAAAGUAAAACUGCCCAUUAAGGGAAAAUGUCCUAUAUAAGGCUUUUCAUUGGUUCAUCUCAAAUGAAUCAAUCAUAUGACCCUUGUUCACUACAACUUAAUAUGAGUGAUAAAUACUUCUGUUAGAAUGACCUGGUUUUGUCUGUUACUUAGAAAGGGGUGAGAUCCCUGCCACAUCUUCUGGCUGUAAAAUAAUGAAAGUAUUGAUUAGUUCAUUUAAUUGUGUUUCUCUUUCCAGGUGGGUUUCAAAGGGUUCCACAUCUCCAAGGAGAAGCAGGAGAGCCUGGUACCGUUCCUCCACGGUGGUCAGGAGUACAAGUUGGCCCACGGCUCUGUUGUCAUCGCAGCCGUCAUCAGCUGCACCAACAACUGCAACCCCUCCGUCAUGCUGACCGCAGGUGAGACACGGUACUAAUUCCCAGGUUUUCCAGAAAUCCCAAUUGAAGUUUUGGGAAAGUGUCAGGAAUUUUGCCAAUGCACCUGGUAUUGCCUUUUGAUUGACAGGUUUGCUGGCCAAGAAAGCGGUGGAGGCGGGCCUUAUCGUCAAGCCUUAUAUCCGCACCAGCCUGGCUCCUGGCAGCGGCAUGGUCACCCACUACCUCAACACCAGUGGAGUACUGCCUUACCUCAGCCAGCUAGGGUGAGGACACACAUGUCACGGGCGAUAUCUGAACCCGGGUCUCCCACGGGAGAAACCAAUGUCUCGACCGUUAGACCAAGAGAACAUUUCCUCUUGGGCCGAGGGCUAACACAGGUUUUAAUGUCGCAGGCAGGGCUACCUCAUCACGAGAACCAUGAGCAACUAUGUACCCGACUCGUGUCCAUCCCACACACACAUAACUUGAUUAUGCAUAAUUGGCUUAUUGAAUAUUCAGGAGUAGAAUAUUAGAUAAUUGUUCCUCAUAUCUGACUUAGGUUUGAGGUGAUAGGCUAUGGAUGUGCCACCUGCGUUGGAAACACUGCACCUUUACCAGAGACUGUCACUGAAGCUAUAAAAGAGGUACUUGAACAAACUCUCUUAACUUGGUUACUAUUCACUGCAGAGCUGUGAAUGAAUAAGACUGUAUUCCAGAAUGAAGUAUUUUGGAGAUAUUAUCCAAUGUUGUAUGUUAAUUUGAUCCUUGAAAAAAAGAAAAUACACUUGACUGCCUCCUUAACGCACUCUGUUGUUAAAAGCUUUUGACCACAUGCGUGGCUAGAGAGCGUGACGGAGAGGUUUUAUAGGAAGGUCUAACCUUCCUCAUGCGCCUCUGUAGGGGGACUUGGUGGCCUGCGGAGUGCUGUCUGGGAACCGACACUUUGAGGGACGCCUAUGUGACUGUGUCAGGGCCAACUACCUGGCCUCUCCGCCCCUAGUAGUGGCGUAUGCCAUCGCCGGUACCGUCAGCAUCAACUUCGAGAAAGAGCCUCUAGGUGAGUGAACAACAUCGCAUGUUUCAAACCUCAAGACCACAUUUUGACGUUUGUUUGACACUUUAUUUUAAUAAUUUGGCUCCUGUCUUCUACACUUUUUGAUACCAUUAAUGAACUACCGUUCACUUUCUGUGAUAGUCCAAAAAAGUUAUCUGGGGGGUCCAAAAUGUUUUCCUGGGGGACUCCAAUGGAAGGUCAAAAACCUAAUGUGUUAGCAUGUUUGUAACCCUGUUGAGUAAUGACGCUGGAGGGUAUAGCUGCCGUUUUACGGGCUUCUAGCCAAAUGCAUUAUGUUUCACGUUGUUUGUAACUUAUUUUUUAAAUUAUUGUGUACAUAAGGUUGCUGCUACCGUCUCUUAUGAAAGAAAUAACUUCUGGAUUACUCACCUCGAACUGGACAAAGAUUUUUUCUUUAACGAGUCCGACGCGAAGGAUAUACUGUCUAUUUGUCAAUAACAGCUGGUGCGUGAUGUCUAAUAUUAAAAAAGUCUUGAGGUUUUGCUCGCCUGAGGUAGAGUACCUUAUGAUAAGCUGUAGACCACACUUUCUACCAAGAGAGUUCUCAUCUAUAUUAUUAGUAGCCGUCUAUUUACCCCCACAAACCGAUGCUGGCACUAAGACUGAACUCAAUGAGCUGUAUAAGGCCAUAAGCAAACAAGAAAAUGCUCAUCCAGAAGCGGCGCCCCUAGUGGCCGGGGACUUUAAUGCAGGCAAACUUAAAUCCGUUUGAUCUAAUUUCUACCAGCAUGUCACAUGUGCAACCAGAGGGAAAAAAAACUCUAGACCACCUUUACUCCACACACAGAGACGCAUACAAAGCACUCCCUCGCCCUCCAUUUGGCAAAUCUGACCAUAAUUCUAUCCUCCUGAUUCCUGCUUACAAGCAAAAACUUAAGCAGGAAGUACCAGUGACUCGCUCAAUACGGAGGUGGUCAGAUGAUGCGGAUGCUACGCUACAGGACUGUUUUGCUAGCACAGACUGGAAUAUGUUCCGGGAUUCAUCCAAUGGCAUUGAGGAGUAUACCACCUCAGUCAUCAGCUUCAUCAAUAAGUGCAUCGACAACGUCGUCCCCACAGUGACCGUACGUACAUAUCCCAACCAGAAGCCAUGGAUCAGGCAACAACCGCAUCGAGCUAAAGGCUAGAGCUGCCGCUUUCAAGGAGCGGGACACUAAUCCGGACACUUUAUAAGAAAUCCCGCUACGCCCUCAGACGAACCAUCAAACAGGCGAAGUGUCAAUACAGGAUUAAGACUGAAUCCUACUACACCGGCUCUAACGCUCGUCGAAUGUGGCCUGGCUUGAAAACUAUUACGGACUACAAAGGGAAACCCAGCUGUGAGCUGCCCAGUGACGCGAGCCAACCAGACAAGUGCCUUUUAUGCCUUUUAUGCUCGCUUCGAGGCAAGCAACACUGAAGCAUGCAUGAGAGCACCAGCUGUUCCGGACAACUGUGUGAUAAGGCUUGCGGUAGCCGAUGUGAGCAAGACCUUUAAACAGGUCAACAUUCACAAAGCCGCAGGGCCAGACGGAUUACCAGGACGUGUACUCAAAGCAUGCGCGGACCAACUGGCAAGUAUCUUCACUGACAUUUUCAACCGAGUCUGUAAUACCUACAUUUCAAGCAGACCACCAUAGUCCCUGUGCCCUAGGAAGUGAAGGUAACCUGCCUAAAUGAUUACCGACGGGCUGCCCCCAGGUGGUAAGGGUAGGCAACAACACGUCUACCACGCUGAUCCUCAAUACUGGGGCCCCUCAGGGGUGCAUGCUUAGUCCCCUCCUGUACUCCCUCUUCACCUACGACUGCGUGGCCAAACACAACUCCAACACCAUCAUUAAGAUUGCUGACAACACAACAGUGGUAGGCCUGAUCACCGACAAUGAUGAGACAGCCUAUAGGGAGGAGGUCAGAGACCUGGCAGUGUGGUGCCAGGACAACAACCUCUCCCUCAAUGUGAGCAAGACAAAGGAGCUGAUUUUGGACUACAGGAAAAGGCGGGCCGAACACGCCCCCAUUCACAUCGACGGGGCUGUAGUGGAGCUUCCUUCCAUCCAGGACCUAUAUACUAGGCAGUGUCAGAGGAAACCCAAAAAAUGGUCAAAGACUCCAGUCACCCAAGUCAUAGACUGUUCUCGCUGCUACCGCACGGCAAGUGGUAUCGGAGCGCCAAGUCUAGGACCAAAAGGCUUCUUAACAGCUUCAACCCCCAAGCCAUAAGACUGCUGAAGAAUUAAUCAAAUGGUCACCCGGACUAUUUACAUUGACACCCCCCCACCCCCCUUCCAUUUGUUUUUACACUGCUGCUACCCGCUGUCUAUUAUCUAUGUAUAAGCACUUUACCCCUACCUACAUGUACAAAUUACCUCGACUAACCUGUACCCCCACACAUUGACUCGGUACCGGUACCCCCUGUAUAUAGCCUCAUUAUUAUUUUAUUGUGUUACUAUUUCUUCAACUGCAUUGUUGAUUAAGAGCUUGUAAGUAUUUCACGGUAAGGUCUACACCUGUUGUAUUCGGCGCAUGUGACAGAUGAAGUUUAUUUGGUGUAGGUGUGACCUCUGAGGGGAAGGAGGUGUACCUGCGGGACGUGUGGCCCACCAGGGAGGAGGUGCAGCACAUAGAGCAGGACAAGGUCAUCUCUUCCAUGUUCACAGAGCUCCGUGCCAGAAGGGAGGUGAGGGUCUGUCCUUUUGAAACAGUUGAUGGUCAUACCGAACUCUACCAACUGAACGUAUUCCAAGCUUGUAAGUUUAGGGUUGACUCCCUCUCUUGAGUCUCUUUUUUUCUUUCUCAACCUAUUCAAGUUUCAUUACGGUGUGCUGUUUGUCACUCUGUUACAGAAAGGGAACACGUUUUGGAACAACCUUGAAUGUCCAGAGUCUGUGGUUUUCCCAUGGGAUCCCAAAUCCACAUACAUCCGCUCUCCUUCCUUCUUUAACAAACUUGUGAGUCUCUUAUUUUUUGUGUGGAAAAUUACUCAGAAAUGUACAACAAUAAUAAACACUUUUAAGAAGGGAGAUAAUUUAAGAAGUAGGUAUAUGUAUUUCAUAUAUUCAAAGCGUAAUGGAUAGUUUGUUGAAACAUAUUAGCAUCACGUUAAGCUGAAUUCAUAGUUCAGAUCUACUCUGGGCCCUGGUUGUAUAUGACCUCUCCCCUCUCUCCCAGUGUAAAGAGGUCCAACCACCCCAGUCCAUAGAGAACGCCCACGCCCUGCUGUUCCUGGGAGACAAGGUGACCACCGACCACAUCUCCCCUGCCGGGAGCAUCGCCAGGGUCAGCGCUGCUGCCAGGUACCUGGUGAGCAAACGGUGAGCACCCUUUAAUUUAUCUCUACGUGGUACGCAAACUGCUGCAGCAUUUUACCAGAGGCUGGGUUGUUCAAACUCUUCACCUCCAUGUCAUGUAUUUAUAUGUGGUAUGCAGAGUGCUACUGUAGCAUUUUUACCAGGGACAGGAGCAAAUGUUUUGGUAAACUGUCAGUGGGACUCAGGAGGAAAGCAGUUGAGGUAUCCCCCUCCUGUUUGACCUUUUAAAUUCUGGAUUUCUCACUCUCAGCCUUACACCACGAGAGUUCAAUUCGUACGGCGCCCGGAGGGGAAACGACGCAGUGAUGACCCGAGGGACGUUCGCCAGCAUCAAACUCCAGAACCGAUUCAUCGGCAAACCGGGCCCCAAGACCCUGCACAUUCCGUCAGGCCAGACGGUAAGUGAGAGAGGGGGUCAAGUCUAUAAACGGUGCGCUUAAUUUGUGCUCUUCAUUCAGCUCUGUACGGAAGGGAAUAAGUAUCUCCCUGCCACUCACGAUCUGAUAACCCAAGCAAACGCUUCAAGUGAAGUAUCAAAAUGUCUUAUUACAAAUAACAUGAGAUUUUAUGGUGGAUAUGCAAUUCAUCUUUGCAGUAAAUGUAAAUGGAGAGAGGAAAAUAUACAUGAUUUCGGCCAAGUUGUUUAACAGUGUGGUUUUUUUCUGUUAGCUGGACGUGUUUGAGGCAGUAGAGCGCUACCAGAGAGACGGGGUUCCCCUCAUCAUCCUGGCAGGGAAGCAGUACGGCUCGGGAAACUCUCGGGACUGGGCGGCCAAAGGACCCUACCUACUGGUAAAGGCUACAUUCCACACCCAAGAGCCUCGUGUCACAUCCCAGUAAAACUGGCUUCUGGGUGGAGCUCAUUCUUUGACACUUUUUUUAAAACACUCUUUAACACUUGAAGUGUUGCAAGAUUUUUUUAUAUAUAUAUUUUUUUUAAUAACUAGAUGCAGUACAACCGAGAUCAGGGUGUUCGACGUGAUGUUGGCUGCAGAUAUGGUUCUGUACUGUAGGUGGCACCAUGUGCUCUUUUUAAAGGAUGGGCCCCUAUCUCUUAAUGGCCCUAGGAUCCAUGUGUACAGGGACGGUCAGCCAGUCACUGGGACGACAACCCAACUUGGGAUGGGGGAAGGUUUUAGCGGGUGGAAUAUUGGAAGAAUCUUUAGCAGCAGUAUGCUUAACACUGCAAAUAUCAUGGUACUGCUACACUACAUGACCAAAAGUAUGUGGACACCUGCUCGUCGAACAUCUCAUUCCAAAAUCAUGGGCAUUAAAAUGGAGUUGGUCUCCCCUUUGCUGCUAUAACAGCCUCCACUCUUCUGGUAAGGCUUUCCUCUAGAUGUUAGAAAAUUGCUGCGGGGACUUGCUUCCUUUCAGCCACAAGAGUAUUAGUGAGGUCGGGCACUGAUGUUGGGCGAUUAGGCGUGGCUCGCAGUCAGCGUUCCAAUUAAUUCCAAAGGUGUUCGAUGGGGUUGAGGUCAGGAUUCUGUGCAGGCCAGUCAAGUUCUUCCACACCGAUCUCGACAAGCCAUUUAUGUAUGGACCUCGCUUUGUGCACAUGGACAUUGUCAUGCAGAAACAGGAAAGGGCCUUGCCCAAACUGUUGCCACAAAGUUGGAAGCAGAUAAUCGUCUAGAAUGUCAUUGUAUGCUGUAGCCUUAAGAUUUCCCUUCACUGGAACUAAGGAGCCUAGCCCGAACCAUGAAAAACAGCCCCAGACCAUUAUUCCUCCUCCACCAAACUUUACAGUUGGCACUAUGCAUUCGGGCAGGUAGCGUUCUCCUGGCAUCCGCCAAACCCAGAUUACUCAGUCGGACUGCCAGAUGGUGAAGCGUGAUUCAUCACUCCAGAGAACGCAUUUCCACUGCUCCAGAGUCCAAUGGCGGCGAGCUUUACACCACUCCAGCCAAUGCUUUUAAUUCCGCUUGGUGAUCUUAGGCUUGUGUGCGGCUGAUUGGCCUUGGAAACCCAUUUCAUGAAGCUCCCGACGAACACUUCUUGUGCUGAUGUUGCUUCCAGUGACAGUUUGGAACUCUGUAGUGUGUUGCAACCGAGGACAGAUUAUUUUUACGCGCUACACACCAUCACUCGGCGGUCCCGUUCUGUGAGCUUGUGUGGCCUACCACUUUGCGACUAGACGUUUCCACUUCACAAUAACAGCACUUAAAGUUGAACGAGGCAGCUCUAGCAGGGCAGAAAUUUCACAAACUGACUUUUUGGAAAGGUGGCAUCCUAUGACGGUGCCACGCUGAAGGUCACUGAGAUCUUCAGUAAGGCCAUUCUACUGCCAAUGUUUGUCUAUGGAGAUUGUAUGGCGGUGUCCUCGAUUUUAUAAACCUGUCAGCAACUGGUGUGUCUGAAAUAGCCGAAUCCACUAAUUUGAAGGGUUGUCCACAUACUUUUGUAUAUAUAGUGUAUGUGGACACUUAUCAUAGUACUUCUUAAUGGUAAGUUUAUAAACAUAUUAUGGUAAGUUUACUCAACUUGUAUCUCAUUAUGGUAAGUGAGGAAAUACAGUGCCUUUGGAAAGUAUUCAGACCCCUUGACUUUUUCCACAUUUUGUUAGGUUACAGCAUUAUUCUAACAUGUAUUACAUAGUUUUUUUCCCCUCAUCAAUCUACACACAAUACCCCAUAAUGACAAAGCAAAAACUGGUUUUUAGAAAUGUUUACUAAUUUAUUAAAAAAUACAAAUAUUAAACAUUUACAUAAAUAUUCAGACCCUUUACUCAGUACUUUGUUGAAGCACCUUUGGCAGCGAUUACAGCCUUGAGUCUUCUUGGGUAUGACGCGUCUCCCAUUCUUCUCUGCAAAUCCUCUCAAGCUCUGUCAGGUUGGAUGAGGAGCGUUGCUGCACAGCUAUUUUCAGGUCUCUUCAGAGAUGUUCAAUCGGGUUCAAGUCCGGGCUCUGGCUGGGCCACUCAAGGACAUUCAGAUACUUGUCCCGAAGCCACUCCUGCGUUGUCCUGGCUGUGUGCUUAGGGCCGUUGUCCUGUUGGAAGGUGAACCUUUAACCCAGUCUGAGGUCCAGAGUGCUCUGGAGCAGGAUCUCUCUGUACUUUGCUCCGUUCAUCUUUGCCUCAAUCCUGACUAGUCUCCCAGUCCCUGCCGCUGAAAAACAUCCCCACAGCAUGAUGCUGCCACCACCAUGUUUCACCGUAAGGAUGGUGCCAGGUUUCCUCCAGACAUGACUCUUGGCAUUCAGGCCAAAGAGUUCAAUCUUCGUUUCAUCAGAUCAGAGAAUCUAGUUUCUCAUGGUCUGAGAGUCUUUAGGUGCCUUUUGGCAAACUCCAAGUGGGCUGUCAUGUGCCUUUUACUGAGGAGUGGCUUCCGUCCGGCCACUCUACCAUAAAGGCCUGAUUGGUGGAGUGCUGCAGAGAUGGUUGUUCUUCUGGAAGGUUCUCCCAUCUCCACAGAGGAACUCUGAGCAGUCGGGGGUUCUCCCCCGACUGCUCAGUUUGGCCAGGCGGCCAGCUCUAGGAAGAGUCUUGGUGGUUCCAAACUUCUUCCAUUUAAUAAUGAUGGAGGCCACUGUGUUCUUGGGGACCUUCAAUGCUGUAGACAUUUUUUGGUACCCUUCCCCAGGUCUAUGCCUCGACACAAUCCUGUCUCGGAGCUCUACGGACAAUUCCUUAAACAUUAUGACUUGUUUUUUACUCUGACAUGCACUGUCAACUGUGGGACCUUAUAUAGACAGGUGUGUGCCUUUCCAAAUCAUGUCAAUCAAUUGAAUUUACCACAGGUGGACUCCAAUCAAGUUGUAGAAACAUCUCAAGGAUGAUCAUUGGAAACAGGAUGCACCUGAGCUCAAUUUCGAGUCUCAUAGCAAAGGGUCUGAAUAAUUAUGUAAAUAAGGUAUUACUGUUUUUUUUAUUUUUAAUACAUUUGCAAACAUUUAUAAAAACCAGUUUUUGCUUUGUCAUUAUGGGGUAUUGUGUGUAGAUUGAUGAGGGGGGAAAACAACUAUUUUAAUCAAUUUUAGAGUGAGGCUGUAACCUAACAAAAUGUGGGAAAAGUCAAGGGGUCUGAAUACCUUCCGUAGGCACUGGAAGUAAAGCUAGUUAUAAUUGUAAUGGCAUAGCAGAUAAUACCUGGCUAAAAGAGAAGGAAUAUAAUAUAUAUUGUUUACAGGAAACUCACUCUACACCUUUAGACAAAGUUGAAUGGAAAAAGUACUGGGGGGGUGAAAUAUUUUUCUCCCAUGGGGAAAAAAAACUCAAAAGGGGUGAUGAUAUUAAUUAACAAUCAUUUGGAACAAAUGUUCAAACAGAUCCGCAAGGAAGGUGUGGAUCCUUUUAAAUUUGUUAUUGGACCAUAAACAGAUUUGGCUCAUUAAUCUAUAUGGUCCAAAUAAUGAUGAUCCACACUUCUUUGAAAAUAUAUAUAAUAAUUUAUCGAGCUUACAGGCGAUACGUGACUCAAUUAUUAUGGUGGGAGAUUAUAAUACGGUUUUAAGUUCCUCAAUGGACCGUAAAGGAAAUCACACUACAAACUACCAUCCUCAUGCAAAUUACGAAUAUUAUGGAUAUAUUGGAACUAGUGGAUAUAUGGUGGCUUAAAUAUCCUGACCUAGUGAGAUGUACAUGGUGGAGGCUCAAUCAAGCUAGUUGUCUUGAUUACUUUCUUAUGUCAUUUUUGCUGGCACCAAAAGUUGAGUGUUGAUAGGGGACAGAAUGCAGUCGGACCAUCAAAUAAUUGGUAUACACAUUACUCUUACAGAAUUUCCGCGAGGGCGACGAUAUUGGAAAUGUUUUCAAAGCCUACUGGAUGACAACUUGUUUUUAACAAAGACAGAAUAUUUUAUAACUGACUUUUUAUGUAACAUAGGUACAGGAGAUCCUCUUAUUGUAUGGGACACUUUUAAAUGUGCCUUUAGAGGCCAUGCAAUUCAAUACUCAUCUUUAAAACAAAAACAAUUUAGGUCAAAAGAGCAUCUUAAAAAAGGAAAUAGAGGAACUAACGGUACAGAUAGAUAGCAAUAAAAUCUGUAACAAAGAGGCACAGAAUAAGUUAGAGGAAAAACAAAAAGAAAUGGAGGAACUUAUUCAAGAAAGAUAAAGUGUAAUAUAUUAUAAAAAUAAAGCAAACUGGAUGGAAUAUUAGGUCAAAUGCACCAAAUAUUUUUUUUAUCUUCAACAUAGAAAUGCUGCCAAAAAUAAUUUACGGAAACUUCUCACAAAUGACAGUCAUCCAUGAUUCACCUAACAAUAUUUUGAAAGAAGAAGCAAAGUACUUUAAGCAUAUGUUUUCAUUUAAGUCUCCUCCAUCUCCACUAACUGAAGUUAUUUUUUUAUGAAUAGUGUAAAAUUAACAGCUAUACAGAAACACUCAUGUGAAGGCCUAAUUACAAAAGAGGAACUUCUAGAUGCAAUUAAAGCCUUCAAGUCCGGGAAAACUCUAGGGCUGGAUGGCAUACCAGUUGAGGUAUAUAAAAUAUUUUUCUAUGUACAGUUGAAGUCGGAAGUUAACAUACACCUUAGCCAAAUACAUUUAAACUCUGUUUUUCACAAUUCCUGACAUUUAAUCCUAGGAAAGAUUCCCUGCCUUAGAUCAGUUAGGAUCACCACUUUAUUUUAAGAAUGUGAAAUGUCAGAAUAAUAGUAGAGAGAAUUAUUUAUUUCAGCUUUUAUUUCUUUCAUCACAUUCCCAGUGGGUCAGAAGUUUACAUACACUCAAUGAGUAUUUGGUAGCAUUGCCUUUAAAUUGUUUAACUUGGGUCAAAUGUUUUGGGUAGCCUUCCACAAGCUUCCCACAAUAAGUUGGGUGAAUUUUGGCCCAUUCCUCCUGACAGAGCUGGUGUAACUGAGUCAGGUUUGAAGGCUUCCUUGCUUGCACAUGCUUUUUCAGUUCUGCCCACAAAUGUUCUAUAGGAUUGAGAUCAGGGCUUUGUGAUGGCCACUCCAAUACCUUGACUUUGUUGUCCUUAAGCCAUUUUGCCACAACUUUGGAAGUAUGCUUGGGGUCGUUGUCCAUUUGGAAGACCCAUUUGUGACCAAGCUUUAACUUCCUGACUGAUGUCUUGAUGUUGCUUCAAUAUAUCCACAUCAUUUUCCUUCCUCAUGGUGCCAUCUAUUUUGUGAAGUGCACCAGUCCCUCCUGCAGCAAAGCACCCCCACAGCAUGAUGCUGCCACCCCCGUGCUUCACGGUUGAGAUGGUGUUCUUCGACUUGCAAGCAACCCCCAUCUUCACAAGGUCCUUUACUGUUGUUCUGGGAUUGAUUUGCACUUUUCGCACCAAAGUACGUUCAUCUCUAGGAGACAGAACGCGUGCGUCUCCUUCCUGAGCGGUGUGACGGCUGCGUGGUCCUAUGGUGUUUAUAGUUGCGUACUAUUGUUUGUACAGAUGAACGUGGUACCUUCAGGCGUUUGGAAAUUGCUCCCAAGGAUGAACCAGACUUGUGGAGGCCUACAUUUUUUUUCUGAGGUAUUGGCUGAUUUCUUUUGAUUUUCCCAUGAUGUCAAGCAAAGAGGCACUGAGUUUGAAGGUAGGCCUUGACAUACAUCCACAGGUACACCUGCAAUUGACUCAAAUGAUGUCAAUUAGCCUAUCAGAAGCUUCUAAAGCAAUGACAUCCUUUUCUGGAAUUUUCCAAGCUGUUUAAAGGCACAGUCAACUUAGUGUAUGUAAACUUCUGACCCACUGGAGUUGUGAUACAGUGAAUAAUAAGUGAAAUAAUCUGUCUGUAAACAAUUGUUGGAAAAAUUACUUGUCAUGCACAAAAGUAGAUGUCCUAACCGACUUGCCAAAACUAUAGUUUGUUAACAAGAAAUUUGUGGAGUGGUUGGAAAAAAACGAGUUUUAAUGACUCAAACCUAAGUGUAUGUAAACUUCCGACUUCAACUGUACUCAAAGGUCUGUUAUUAACAUGUUUUAACCACUCCUAUAAAACUAUAGGAUACUCAGCAAGAAGGUUUGAUUUGGCUUUUACUGAAACAGUACCCAGGUGUUAAAUACAAAGAUCCAGUCCACCUAAAAAACUGGAGACUUCUUACACUUCAGUGUUGUGAUGCCAAAAUCCUAGCAAAAUGCAUAGCUCAUAUAAUUAAAAAGGUGUUGUCGGAAUUAUUCAUCCUAAUCAGACACGUUUUUUACAUUGAUGAUACAUUGGAGAUAAUAUAAGACAAGUACUGGAAACAAUAGAACGCUAUGAAAAAUCUGUGAAACCAGACCUGGUAUUCAUAGCUAACUUUAAAAAGGCCUUUGAUAAAGUACGACUGGAAUUUAUAUAAAAAACCUGGACUAUUUUAAUUUAGGAGAAUCUCUUAUACAAUGGGUUAAAGUUAUGUAUAGUAACCCAAGGUGUAAAAUAGUAAAUAAUGGCUACUUCUCAAAGUAUUAAAUUGUCAAGAGGAGUAAAACAAGGUUGUCCACUACCAUCGAAAUGUUAGAUAUUAAAAUCUGAUCCAACAAUAAUAUCAAGGGGCUAGAAAUCCAGGGCUUAAAAACAAAGGUGUCAUUGUACGCUGACGAUUCAUGUUAUCUUUUUUAAAUCUACAAUUUGGAUCCCUGCACAUAGAGUAUCUAGAUAAUUUUCCUAACCUCUCUAAAGACAACUUUUACAUUACCGUGUAGCUUACCAAUAAAAUGGUCCGAAGGUUAAGUGGACAUACUUGGUAUUCAUAUCCCGAAAGAAAUAAAUGAUCUCACGACAAUACAAUUUUAAUAGGAAUUAGCGAAAUUAGAUAAGAUCUUGCUACCAUGGAAAGGACAACACCUGUCUAUUUGUGGAAAAAUCACCCUGAUUUAUUCUUUAGUCAUAUCCCAGUUUACCUAUUUACUUAUGGUCCUGCCUACACCUAGCGACCUGUUUUUUAAAAUUAUAUGAGCACAAACUAUUCCACUUUAUUUGGAACGGCAAGCCAGACAAAAUUAAACGGGCCUAUUUAUAUAAUGAAUAUAAAUUCGGAGGGCAUAAAUUAUUAAAUAUUGAAGAAUUAGACUGAUCACUAAAGGUUUCAGAACAUUAAAAAAAUAUAGCUAUUUUUAAAACAAGCCAUAGAAAGCUGGUUGCAAUUUCAGUUUAAUCCACCAGAAAAGACAGAACAAAUAUUAUGGUUAAACUCAAAUAUACUAAUUGAUUUUAAAAAAAUAAACAUUUCAAAAACGGUAUAAUCUUUGUAAAUGAUAUCAUAAAUAGGACUGGUGGAGUUAUGUCACACAUGCAGUUAACAGAAAUAUAUGGAAAUGUCUGCUCUAUCCAAAAUUACAACCAACUGCAGCAUUACCGCAGCAAUGGAGGACGCAAGUAGAAAUGGGGGGAAGGUAAGGAACUUGUUUGUCGGCCCUGCAUUACAGACCGAAAUUGGCUAAAGAAAAUGGUGAUAGAUAAAAAAGUAUACCAGUUUCAUUUAAGGACCAAAAAAUUGACAGCUGCACCAUAUAUGUUGCAAAAUAGUUGGGAGAUUUUCGAUGUACCGAUUCCAUAGCAUAUGGUUUAUGAACUGAUACACAGAACGACGCCCGAUUCAAAACUUAGGUUUUCCAUUUAAAUUAUUAUACAAAAUUCUUGCAACCAAUAUAAUGUUAUAUAUAUGGGGUAUACAACCAUCCCAGCUCUGCAGAUUUUGCUGACAGAAUCAUUAGAUCACUUGUUUUGGUACUGCCCAUAGGUAGCUUGUUUUUGGUCGCAGGUUCAGGAAUGACAAAAAAAUGGCAACAUUUACUUGGAGCUAAUUCUGCAAAUAGCGCUGCUGGGUGAUUUUGAAAAGUCAUAGUCAAUCGAUCAAUAAUAUAAUAAUACUCUUAGCAAAAAUGUUUGUCUUUAAUUUACAAUCUGUAAAAACUUUGAGAAUAGAAAGGUUCAGAACUUUUGGGAAACAUCAUAGCACAGUGGAAAAAUGGCAGCCAGAAAUCAUGGUCUGGAUGGUCUUUAGAGAUAGAUUGGAGGGAUGAUGGUAUCUGAAGGCUGGGACUAUAAGCAAACAAAAGAUAACUAAUGUAAAAUAUACUGUCUGUAAAAUGUUUCUAGUGUGUAUAAGCUGGAAGUAAAAGCCUAAGUAUUGUUGUCCAUUAGUUUACUCCAAUUAAGGGAGGGGUGGUAGGGUUAGGGGAAAAUCAUGAAGAAGGAAAUAUACACUGCUCAAAAAAAUAAAGGGAACACUUAAACAACACAAUGUAACUCCAAGUCAAUCACACUUCUGUGAAAUCAAACUGUCCACUUAAGAAGCAACACUGAUUGACAAUAAAUGUCACAUGCUGUUGUGCAAAUGGAAUAGACAACAGGUGGAAAUUAUAGGCAAUUAGCAAGACACCCCCAAUAAAGGACUGGUUUUGCAGGUGGUGACCACAGACCACUUCUCAGUUCCUAUGCUUCCUGGCUGAUGUUUUGGUCACUUUUUUGAAUGCUGGCGGUGCUUUCACUCUAGUGGUAGCAUGAGACGGAGUCUACAACCCACACAAGUGGCUCAGGUAGUGCAGCUCAUCCAGGAUGCCACAUCAAUGCGAGCUGUGGCAAGAAGGUUUGCUGUGUCUGUCAGCUUAGUGUCCAGAGCAUGGAGGCGCUACCAAGAGACAGGCCAGUACAUCAGGAGACGUGGAGGAGGCCGUAGGAGGGCAACAACCCAGCAGCAGGACUGCUACCUCCGCCUUUGUGCAAGGAGGAGCAGGAGGAGCACUGCCAGAGCCCUGCAAAAUGACCUCCAGCAGGCCACAAAUGUGCAUGUGUCUGCUUAAACGGUCAGAAACAGACUCCAUGAGGGUGGUAUGAGGGCCCGACGUCCACAGGUGGGGGUUGUGCUUACAGCCCAACACCGUGCAGGACGUUUGGCAUUUUUGGCAAAUUCGCCACUGGCGCCCUGUGCUCUUCACAGAUGAAAGCAGGUUCACACUGAGCACAUGUGACAGACGUGACAGAGUCUGGAGACGCCGUGGAGAACGUUCUGCUGCCUGCAACAUCCUCCAGCAUGACCGGUUUGGCGGUGGGUCAGUCAUGGUGUGGGGUGGCAUUUCUUAGGGGGGCCGCACAGCCCUCCAUGUGCUCGCCAGAGGUAGCCUGACUGCCAUUAGGUACCGAGAUGAGAUCCUCAGACCCCUUGUGAGACCAUAUGCUGGUGCGGUUGGCCCUGUGUUCCUCCUAAUGCAAGACAAUGCUAGACCUCAUGUGGCUGGAGUGUAUCAGCAGUUCCUGCAAGAGGAAGGCAUUGAUGCUAUGGACUGGCUCGCCCGUUCCCCAGACCUGAAUCCAAUUGAGCACAUCUGGGACAUCGUGUCUCGCUCCAUCCACCAACGCCACGUUGCACCACAGACUGUCCAGGAGUUGGCGGAUGCUUUAGUCCAGGUCUGGGAGGAGAUCCCUCAGGAGACCAUCGGCCACCUCAUCAGGAGCAUGCCCAGGCGUUGUAGGGAGAUCAUACAGGCACGUGGAGGCCACACACACUACUGAGCCUCAUUUUGACUUGUUUUAAGGACAUUACAUCAAAGUUGGAUCAGCCUGUAGUGUGGUUUUCCACUUUAAAUUUGAGGGUGACUCCAAAUCCAGACCUCCAUGGGUUGAUACAUUUGAUUUCCAUUGAUAAUUUAUGUGUGAUUUUGUUGUCAGCACAUUCAACUAUGUAAAGAAAAAAGUAUUUAAUAAGAUUAUUUCAUUCAUUCAGAUCUAGGAUGUGUUAUUUUAGUGUUCCCUUUAUUUUUUUGAGCAGUGUAUAUUUAAAAUGAUAUAUACACUACCGGUCAAAAGUUUUAGAACACCUACUCAUUCAAGGGUUUUUCUUGAUUUUUACCAUUUUCUACAUUGUAACUACAUCAAAAAUAUGAAAUAACACAUAUGGAAUCAUGUAGUAACCAAACAAAGUGUUAAACAAAUCAAAAUCUAUUUUAUAUUUGAGAUUCUUCAAAUAGCCACCCUUUGCCUUGAUGACAGCUUUGCACACACUUGGCAUUCUCUCAACCAGCUUCAUGAGGUAGUCACCUGGAAUGCAUUUCAAUUAACAGGUGUGCCUGGUUAAAUGUGAAUUUGUGGAAUUUCUUUCCUCCUUAAUGCGUUUGAGCCAGUCAGUUGUGACAAGGUAGGGGUGGUAUACAGAAGAUAACCCUAUUUGGUAAAAGACCAAGUCCAUAUUAUGGCAAGAACAGCUCAAAUAAGCAAAUAAAACGACAGUCCAUCAUUACUUUAAGACAUGAAGUUCUGUCAAUACGGAACAUUUCAAGAACUUUGAAAGUUUCUUCAAGUGCAGUCGCAAAAACCAUCAAACGCUACGAUGAAACUGGCUCUCAUGACGACCGCCACAGGAAUGGAAGACCCAGAGUUACCUCUGCUGCAGAGGAUAAGUUCAUUAGAGUUAACAGCCUCAGAAAUUGGAGCCCAAAUAAAUGCUUCACAGAGUUCAAGUAACAGACACAUCUCAACAUCAACUGUUCAGAGGAGACUGUGUGAAUCAGGCCUUCAUGGUCAAAUUGCUGCAAAGAAACCACUACUAAAGGACACCAAUAAUAAUAAGAGACUUGCUUGGGCCAAGAAACAUGAGCAAUGGACAUUAGACCGGUGGAAAUGUGUCCUUUGGUCUGGAGUCCAAAUUGGAGAUUUUUGGUUCCAAACGCUGUGUCUUUGUGAGACGCGUUGUGGGUGAACGGAUGAUCUCCGCAUGUGUAUUUCCCACCGUAAAGCAUGGAGGAGGUGUGAUGGUGUGGGGGUACUUUGUUGGUGACACUGUCUGUGAUUUAUUUAGAAUUAAAGGAACUCUUAACCAGCAUGGCUACCACAGCAUCUGCAGCGAUACGCCAUCCCAUCUGGUUUGGGCUUAGUGGGACUAUCAUUUGUUUUUCAACAGGACAAUGACCCAACACACCUCCAGGCUUUGUAAGGGCUAUUCUACCAAGAAGGAGAGUGAUGGAGUACUGCAUCAGUUGAACUGGCCUCCACAAUCCCUCGACCUCAACCAAAUUGAGAUGGUUUGGAAUGAGUCGGACCGCAGAGUGAAGGAAAAGCAGCCAACAAGUGCUCAGCGUAUGUGGGAACUCCUUUAAGACUGUUGGAAAAGCAUUCCAGGUGAAGCUGGUUGAGAGAAUACCAAGAUCAAGGCAAAGGGUGGCUAUUUGAACAAAGGGUGGCUAUUUGAACUUUUUUGGUUACUACAUGAUUCCAUAUGUGUUAUUUCAUAGUUAUGUCUUCACUAUUAUUCUACAAUGUAGAAAAUAGUAAAAAUAAAGAAAAACCCUUGAUGGACUGUUGUUUCUCUUUGCUUAUUUGAGCUGUUCUUGCCAUAAUAUGGACUUGGUCUUUUGCCAAAUAGGGCUAUAAUCGGUAUACCCCCCCUACCUUGUCACAACACAACUGAUGGGUUCAAACGCAUUAAUUAACUUUUAAGAAGGCACACCUGUUAAUUGAAAUGUAUUCCAGGUGACUAUCUCAUGAAGCUGGUUUUGAGAAUUCCAAGCGUGUGCAAAGCUGUCAUCAAGGCACAGGGUGGCAAUUUGAAGAAUCUCAAAUAUAAAGUAUAUUUUGAUUUGUUUAACACUUUUUUUGUUUACUACAUGAUUCCAUAUGUGUUAUUUCAUGGUUUUGAUGUCUUCACUAUUAUUCUACAAUGUAAAAAAUAGUAAAAAUAAAGUGAGUGAGUAGGUGUGUCCAAACCUUUGACUGGUAGUGUAUAUUUUUUUAACACAAGUGCCAAAUGUGGUCUGUUUCACAGAACACUUGAUCUAGACCUCAAGCCCCAAAAUAGUAUGUCUAGGGCAAUGGUAAUGGGGAAAACCAGAUGAACCAGAUCUUAAGUCAUCCUGGCUCUGCAUAAAAUCUAUACUCCUACAUUGUUGUUUGAAUUUACAUGAGCUGGAGCGAAAUUAUACGCAAUGAAAUUCUAAAUGAAUCAAAUAUUCAUUGGGAAAUUUCAUUCAAUUGCAUAUGUGACUUUUUUCCCCAUGAAAUACAGAUCCUAUUGGUCACUUAUUCUGUGUGUUGUAUGGUUGGCAGGGUGUGCGAGCUGUCAUAGCUGAGAGCUUUGAGAAGAUGCACAAGAACCACUUGGUGGGCAUGGGCAUCGCGCCCCUCCAGUUCCUGCCAGGCCAGAGUGCCGAUUCGCUAGAGCUCUCCGGGAAGGAGAGGUUCACCAUCACUCUACCAGAGGACCUGUCCCCAAAGCAACUGCUGACUGUCAAAGUAUGGCAUCCAAUCAAAAGUUACCUUUUUAUAACUAAAAUGUCCCAUCACUAGUUAAAAUGUCUCACAACUAUCUUUGUCCAUGGCAUUGCCCCUUCAUUGAACUACAUUUUUCACCUUGUCUCUCUCUCUCUAGACUAGCUCUGGAAAGACCUUCAGUGUGACGACUCUGUUUGACAGCGAGAUGGACGUGGCCUUUUACCGGCAUGGCGGGCUGCUGCGAUACGUGGCUCGGACCAUGCUCUAG